ACACCCUAUGUAGUGUGCACUACAUGUUCAGUACGGAGUUGUUUGUAACUGAAGCUGUAGUUGGGUAAUCCCUGACGUCACAUAAUUUGGCGGGAGUUGAUAAUAAACAAUAAAGAUGGCGGAUGAGGUGAAGUGUCCUGUGUGUGCUGGGGAUUUUAACUGCAGUGAAAUUAACUCCCACUUGGAUAUAUGUCUGGAUCAGAGCCGGAAGAGCGAGGACGAGCUUCAAUCGAGUGCCGUGCCUCCGGCUAAAAAGUCCCGCGUUAGCAGCGAGGCAAACAGCAGCCCUGGAGCGGUUGGAUUUGGGACACGUGGGGCGGAAGUGAAACCAACGCGAUCUGCAGGUGCCGUAUUUUCAAUGUUCAACAACAACAAGUCGUUUUUAUCGUCCAAACAGUCAGCUAACGAAGGGAUGACACGCGCCACGUGGUCGCCUAGCAACGCCCAGGACAGCGCGACACAUCCGGGUUCUGGUUCAGGUUCAGGUUCAGGAACCCGGAUGCAGAGUGAUGAACCCGAGACACUGAACCAGAAGCUCCUGAACUCAGACAAACCUCUGGCGGAGAAAAUGAGGCCCAAUACCCUGGAGGAGUAUUUUGGGCAGAAUAAAGUAUUGGGAGAACAUACACUGCUCAGAGGUCUGCUGGAGUCACAGGAAAUCCCUUCUCUGAUCCUGUGGGGGCCUCCAGGAUGUGGAAAGACGACUCUGGCCCACAUCAUUGCUAGUGGCAGUAAAAAGAAAGGCACGGCACGCUUCGUGAUCCUCUCGGCCACCAGCACGUCGACCAGCGAGGUGCGAGAGGUGAUCAAACAGGCGCAGAACGAGCUCCGACUCUGCAAGAGGAAAACCAUCCUGUUCAUCGACGAGAUACACCGCUUUAAUAAAUCCCAGCAGGACACGUUUCUGCCUCACGUGGAGUGCGGGACGAUUACGCUGAUUGGAGCCACCACAGAGAAUCCGUCGUUUCAGGUGAACAGCGCUCUGCUGAGUCGCUGUAGGGUUCUGGUCCUGGAGAAGCUGAGCGUGUCGGCAAUGAGCUCGAUAUUGCGCCGGGCAGUGGAUUCGCUCGGUCUGGCCGUGUUACAGGACGAGCGUUCAGGACCGGACUGCUCUGCAGUGGGUCAGGUGUGUAUCGAGCAGAAGGCCCUGGACACUAUUGCUCACCUGUGUGACGGAGACGCUCGAGCGGCUCUCAAUGGUCUGCAGCUGGCCGUGCAGGCGUGUGUGAACAAAACCCUCAACACACAAUCACACGCUCCUCACAGCACCGUGGUCCAGGAGCAGCAUGUCAAAGAGGGUUUACAGAGAUCACACAUACUCUACGACAAAGCAGGUGAGGAGCACUACAACUGCAUCUCAGCCCUGCACAAGUCAAUGAGGGGCUCAGAUGAAAACGCUGCCCUCUACUGGCUGGGCCGGAUGUUAGAGGGAGGUGAGGACCCACUGUACGUGGCCCGUAGGCUGGUGCGCUUUGCUAGCGAGGAUGUCGGUUUGGCCGAUCCUAAUGCUCUCCCUCAGGCAGUGUCUUCGUUCCAGGCCUGCCACUUCAUCGGCAUGCCUGAGUGCGAGGUGAUCCUAGCACAGUGUGUGCUGUACUUGUCCAGGGCUUCUAAGUCUAUCGAAGUGUAUACCGCUUAUAAUAAUGUUAAAGCCUGUCUGAGGAACCACAAAGGCCCUUUACCCCCUGUGCCGCUUCACCUCCGCAACGCUCCCACCAAACUAAUGAAGGAUCUAGGCUAUGCUAAAGGCUACAAAUACAAUCCAGCAUUCAAAGGCCCAGUGGACCAAGAAUACCUCCCUGAGGAACUCCGUGGAAUCAACUUUUUCUCCUGGAAGCCAUCUGACUCCUGAACUCUGUUUCACCACUGUUUCUGGAAGAGUCGGCUGCUUUAUUUACACUCUCGCUGCUGUAAUUAUCAGAUUUACAAUAUACACUUAAAUGCCACGUGUUGUCUUUGUUCGUGACCUCGACUUUGUCACUUGUCACUGAUCAUAUACAUUUUUCUUUUCUGUAAUUAGCGUGCUGUAAAGCUAAUAUAAAGACUUGAAUCAAAACCUUU